UAGCAUACUAUAGGAUCAGUGCUCGAGACGUAAACACACUCCUUACAAGUCCUAAGAUUCUAUAAAAUAAGGAAAACAAUAAAAAUUGAAUGAGUAAUAAUAAAUAUUUACUGAGUGAAAGCAGAAUUUAAUGAACUUGUCAAUCGCCAUACAGAGAGAACUUCUCGAGGCUAGAAGGGAUACGGUGAAAAGACCAGAUUCAGGAGAAAAUCGUACUUACUGGAACAGUGGAGAAUUCUCGGUGUUGUACCUCCACUAUUAUUUCUUGACCAAAAAUUUUUGACGUGACCUACGAUACUCCUAGGAUUCGCAUUGAAAAGUCAAACGUUCGAAUUCACCCCGAUGGCAAUUCCUACGCAGUACCAAGUGAUUACUCCUCCUCUGCAAACAACGAUAGUUGGAGGCCACCUACACACACCUUCCUCGAUAUUUCAGCACAUGAUGGGCCAGCAAAAUCCUUAUCAGCAAUCAGGUAAUUGGGAGCAGGUACCACAAGUGCCUCCGAUGUAUAUGCCAUGGAGUGUGCCAAGUCUCCAACAAUCCCAACUAGUUAGAUUCACUGGAGAACGACAACAACAAACUUGUGGACCGAUGGUACAUCAAAAGAGAAAACUAGAUGUUCCGGAUAUUGUAGAAACGAGGCCGUCGAAACAAUUCAUUUCCGAAGAAAAAAUGGCAGCUCACUUCAGAGACAUGCAUAUCAGCUCAAAUUAUUCACCAACACCAGUUUCAUCGACGUCAUCAAUGUGCUCAAUGUCGCAAGCGUCUAAUAGUACAUCAACAAGUGUUGAAAUAGAUGUAGAUCCUGCCCCAGUCAAUAUGGAGGAUGGUAAAAGCAUGCACCCAAGACUGGUUAUUUCGGAGGAACUCAAAAGACUCCAGAAUGAGCCUCUUCUGCCUGCUUCACUGUUAUCCAAACUAGAACGGCCUUCCAUGGCCCUAGUCCUGUGGGAGCCUCCAAGUCGACACCUGAGGCUGCCUUUCAGCUCCCAGCCCCCAGCCCAGCCGUCCACCUCAACUACUGAAGAAGAUGAUAACAAUAAUAAUAUUGACAACAACAAUGAACAAAUCCCAGAUUUAAAUCAAGCAUAUUCAUUUAAUAAUAGUCCACUAGAGCUCAUGGACCUUUGAAAAAUACAAUUUUCGGGAUCUUAGAUGGUAAUUUGAGGGAAUCGCGAGUGGUGCGUACGUGGACCGUGAUCGUCGAUCAUGUUAGUCUUCUUUAUGACGAUUUUUGACUCAUCGUAACCAUAAGUUUCAUUACAAUGAGCCAUUUAUACUUAUUUGAACUCAUCUAGUGCGGAAUGCAGGAUAAAUGAAUAUUUUCUUUCAAUAUUAAAAUAACUAGUGUAGAAGUUUAUGAAUAUCGAAUAUUCUUGGCUUUGAGUCGCAAUAUUAUGUACUAUUAUCGGAGGUGUAGGUGGUUUACAUAAAAGGCUGAAUGCAUAAUAUACUCGUUUUUCUUUCAGUUUUUGAUUGGGAAAAUGUGGAGAAAUAUAAACUUUAACGUGUUAUCUCAUGAAAGAAAGUAACAAUUGAAUUAUUAUCCUGUUUUGUUCUUUUCUUUGAUUUCUUAAUGGAGAGUUGUGUGAUAUAGAUUUACAUGCGACUAACAAUGUUGAAUUAAUCAAAUUAAUUGUCUCAGACGGUCACUGAUAAUUGUGAAGAUUAAAAUUUGAUUUUCGAUUUAAUUUGGGCGUAUGUGUGGGCUCAAUACCGCCUGGACGGUCGGGUGACAGUUGCGAAAUUUUGUGAAAAAUUGAAAAUAAAUAUUAGAUGAGUGCGAGA